GUAAGAAGAACACAUCAAGCAAACAAAGCAUUUCAAGUACCUAUAAGCAAAGCACCUCAAGCAAGCAAAGCAUCUCAAGCAAGCAAAGCAUAUCAAGUAAGCAGAGCAUCUCAAGUAAGCAGAGUACAAAGCAUCUUAAGUAAGAAAAUAGUAAAGUAGGGAAGAAUUUGUUUGGAGCACCAAUAUCGCCGCCGUGACGUCAUGUGGAUAUUCGCUAACUGGUCCCAGUUCCUUUUGAAGGGUGGUCUCGCGAUCGAGCAAAAUCAAGCAAAGCUAUAAACGAAAAUGAAAUGACUGGCUGGGGGAAGAGUUUGUACCAGCCGGGCCUGAUGCAUGUGAUCACAUAAAUCCGCUGCACUAUUCUUGUGACCCCAGUAACUAAUAACCCCAUGCUAUGAUCAAUGACCUCCUCAAUAUUGUGUUUUUCGCGGCAUUUUCGUUGAACGCGAGCUUUUUAUGUGUCAGUGUGAUAGAAGUGAUUUUGUUAACUGGAAAUUUUAAUCAAAAGCUUUCCUCAACUUGCUGCGCUUUUCUAAUGAAAGAUUUUUUUGUCUACCUAAAAGUUUUUAUAGUUUGAAUUUUCGCUUUUUCGCACUUUUAACUUUAGUCGUGACGAGCGGAUGCAAAACAGGCUAUUGUAGUCUUGGCAUAUUCAUUAGUUUUGUCAAACUGAUAGUGGUGAUCAACAUCACUAAGCAAUCAAAUGGUAGGAGUCAAAAUGGUUCUUGUGCUAGAAAUUCUUUAACUCUAGUUUUCCUCAACUUUCUUCGCCUUUAUUGUCUACUAAGAAGUUUGGAAAGUUUGUAUUUUUCUUUCCCGGUACUUUUAAAUUUAUUCAGGGGCUAACUUGAGGUAAUUCACAAGACUAUAGGCCUUUUUCAAAAAUACCAUGAUACUCUUUGUUGUCCCUCCAAAAUUUUGCAUUAGCAUUGUUUUCAAUUUCUCUUGGGGCGAAAGGCCUAUUGUCUACUCAUUCGCUAGCCAGUUUUGUCAUCCAUUUGUCAAGUUUUAAUCAAGACGGUAUUUGUUUUUCUGAAUGCGUCCAAUUCAAGCGUUAAUUGUUCAUUGAUGAACCGAGUACGUUCUUUUCUCAAUGUAUUGUCAAGUCCCAUGCUUAUCCACUAGCACUGUUUGCAACCAAGAGCUACGUACGUUAUGUAAUUGAGCGAGUCGGCAAACGUUUUUCUUUGAAUGUGACCAAUUUAGGCUUUGAUUGCCCAUUGUUGAACAUAGAGUGCGUGCUUUUCUCACAUACAGUUUCAAGAAAAGAUUUAUCAGAAACAUUUCUCACACUGGUUUGAAUUUUAAUUGAGCGAUCGUAUAAAUGGAGAAACCGAUUUCAAGUUGAUUUAACUGUGUUUAAAGCCAGCGACCUCCGUACCUUGCUUUACCUACGGUGUAGUGAAGACCAAACUCAGCUAAGCGAUCUCUGGUCUGGAAUGAAAGUCAAGAUUCUCUUUUGCCUCCUCGAAAACAGCAGGUUUGUUCUUAGUUCAACUUUAAUUAUAUAACUUUUGGUUACGCUAUCGUUUACUUUUUUCUGAAAAAAGUUAUAAGUCAAUUUAAAGCAACGGUGUUAAGCGUCCAAAUUGCUUUAACGGUUCUUACUGAUUAAUUUUUUCUGCAGAAAGAAAUUAGAUUUUACAUAACCAAUUUUCUGUCAUAAUUCUUUCAUCUGUGUGUUGUUAUCUCUCGAAGUUACUUGUGAACAUGUACGGUCCCUUUGUUAUGUUCAACCGGAGGAACAAAAAUGUAAUAAACGUUUACGUGUAGUCAACAAGAUAAACGCGAGUUGCGAUUGUUAGGGUCAAGUAGGCCUAUUUUGUUGAUGUCCAUGUAGCUGAAUUUUCACUUUGAUUAAAGAAGUGUUAACCUCUGUAGACAACACUUAUAAAAUAUACUUCAAACGUUGGACAGUUUUUCAUUACUCUGACUCAGACUAUAUGCUUUUAUAUUUGAUUAACCGCGACCUUAACAAACCAACUGUUAGAAAUUUUGGCGUAGAGUGCUUAGCUUGCACCGUGAGAGAAUUAUAAUGCUUCCCGGCACGAGUUCAGGCUAACAUAAGAUAAUAGUCGACAGAGGGGCAAGACAGGUGUAAAUAAAACUAAAGGUAACGAGAAACCAGUUAAACGAGAAAAUAAGGUUAAUUCAGAGUGCAAUUCUUAAUACGUUGGUACAGUAGUAUUUACAACAACAAAUAACGCUUUCCAUUUUUUAAUAGGUACUGCCUGACCAUAAAGAAAAGAAGAACAAACUGCCUUUCAGGAAAGCCUUCAAAAUAACAAUAAAAGCACUGCCACCUUCCUUAACAAGGAUAUGCAGCCAACUCAUUUGUGUGUCUCUCAUUUAUUCGGUAUAUACCAAACCUAUG